AUGCCGCUGCUCGACGACCAUCUAGAGCAGAUCUCUUCGUCCGCGAAAUCUAUUGGGGAACUAGAGUUCCCUGCUCCGAAGAUCUUCACCAAUGCUCUACUCGGCAGCCAUGAGAUAACCACGCUGAUACGCGACACCGAGCCACACGAGAGGGCACUCUUCUCGCUGGAUCCAAACGUGACAAAGGGUCCGACGAGUAACAACGAAUAUAGCCAUGGCAGUGUGUAUGGCUCCGAUCGAAUAUCGCAUGGAAGGAAGAGCAUUUAUGCCACAGGUCCACCCGUGAAACAGAGCGCUGUAGCGCGGGUCUUGGGACCAGACAUGCUUUAUGAGAUUCGACAGACCAGUGGCAGUGCAGCGCGCGGCAAGAGUGUUGUCAACGUGGAAGUGCUUUUGCGUGGCGCAGAGAAGCUCUGCGAAGUGUAUGAUGUUGAAGGCGCAACUGACAAGAUUGCAACCAUUCGGAGGCGGCACCAAGCACUUUCCGGCUCGGUGACGGAGUAUCAAGAACUGGUGCUACAGCAACAAUCGAAGCUCAGCCGUUUCAACACCGGAGCCGGCUAUGGUAUUGCAGAUGACGGAGUCGAAGGUGGAAGCCUUGACACUGGAGUUGCGCCAGCCAGGGCUUUCACCGAGACCGAUAUCCAGACUGAAGAAGCUGAGAUCAGGGAACUCGAGGCUCGGAAGAAGGCCUUGGAGGAGAGAGUAUACGGCAUGGAGAAAGAUCUUGAAGGUCUGUUACGCUAA